AUGGAGUCAUCGACCUGUCAGGUCCGACAUGGCGACGAAGAGACAAUCGAGUGUUGGGACGACGAUGGCGAUCUACACUGUUACGAAGACAUCCAUAUCCGUACGGCGUCAACUGCUACAUCGGUAACGAAUUUGUCCACUCGUCGAUCGGGCCAUCGAGAUUCUAUAUCAUCCCGUCGGUCUGCUCGCUCUGAUCUGGACUCGAACGCAGCAGAGGAUGAGGAUUUGCAGGUCCAACUUCCUGAUGACGACGAAGUUUUGAGCGAAGAAGCCAUUGCAUCUGCCAAGAAUGCAGGGAUUCCGUUGCCAGUCAACGUUCCCAAGUCUGCUCUCAUUGGGGGAACGAUCAAGCGACUUGGGCGCAGAAACCCGAGAAAGAACUUUAUCGACGAUUGGUCUGACGACGUUGAACUCCCAGGUCCUGAUACUGUGCUCGAGCUUAAACAGUUUAAGGACACAGUCUUCCCUGAAUCGCUCAGGCAGCUCAGUUCAACCACAAUCAGUCCGGUAAAAAGUGUUCCUUCUCCUCUAUGGGAAGAUGAUCUUUCGACGCGCUUGCAGUCAGCCUUGACAAAUCUAAGUCAAUUUGUGGAUGAUAGCAAUCACAGCUUGGCGGAUAUUGACAAUGUUCCUACUAUCAAAGUUGCGAAGUCUCGAUCACCAAAAUCGACCAGAAUAGCUGCCGAGCACAGCAUGGCAAGGAUUAAUACCCCGGUCGAAAAUGUUGAGGACGACUUUGAACUACCAGCAGAUGAUUUUCCUCUUCAUCUAUCUCUUCGCAAAGACGGUACGGAGGCCACUAGCCCUGCUCCAGAUGAAUUCGACCUUGAUUGGUCCGAAGGCAGUAUAGGGAUUCGCUUCGGUGGCACAAAGAGAGACCACCGUUCAAUUCCAAGCUCUGCAGUCUCGGUUGUUAGUCCUAGUGCCUCCAGUUGCCUGACAGGCGAGAGCGAGGACGAUGGGCUUGAUGGUCUUGUAAUUCCCGAGGGCCCUCUGGACCUGGAAUCGAUGUUGAAGAAGCGCCAGGAUGCCAGCUCUACUGAUAAACCGCGUUACUCGUCAUUAGGCCAGGCCGAAUAUGAGCUAACUAGGUCGGAUGAUUUUUUCACGGGUCUUGAAAUUGAAAGCGGCGAUGCUUUCGAUUUAAAGAAACUUUCCCUCAAUCCAAACGUCAAAUACAAGGUUGAACGUCCCAACAGUCCGGCCCGCCGUUCUACAACUUCCAUCACUUUCACCAAUACCCCAAUUUCUCCCAAAUCUCGGAUUCCGCGCCUCUCGGGUCAUGAUCGUCACUCCACGCAUCUCGAGACUGUUUCAGAAAGUGGAGCUCCUCUGUCAAAGUUUCCCGGCUCACGGUCUUGGGCGAGGGGCCAUGUAACCCAUGCCUCUGUCUCUAGCUUGCCUUCUAGGCCAAUAUCGACGUCUCCAACGCCUUCGACUCCCGACCGGCGGUCUGUGACGACUCGAUCUCCCAAGGCCCCGUUAAGCACCGACCGUGCCGCUAGCGGCACACACCUCAGGCACAAACGAUCCAUGCCGACUAUGCGAGGUAUGAAUCAACACGCCCUUCCAUUUCCUACGUUGGAGCAAGGACACCAGUUGAGCGCACAGGAAGUGACACAAAAUAUUCGAGCCGCAAGGCCCAAACGCCAUUUAUUCCAGCUGGGGCUUCCGAAACUCAAUCUCAUCACGUUAACGUCAAAGGUCCUCGACACUUUCGUCGGACAAACUCCGAUAGUUCCGGCGAAAUCCUUAGCUCACGAGUACCUGUACCUCGGUAUUCUCGAUCAAGUCGACAUUCAAUUCCGAACAACAUUACGGAUACCCACGCGGAGGCGUAACUUCGGUGAUGGGACUGAGCUGGAAUCAUUUGACGAUUUACCUACCUCCUCCUUUGCAGAGAGCAAGUUCAUCAAGCACCCUAUUGGACGCGGUGUCCCGAGGUCCCUCCGUGGCAGACUCGGUCACAAUCAGACUCAUCCCGCACGAACAGACAUUCUGAAACAACCGUCGACUCCAUGUUCUGUCCCUACACCAUGUGACCUCACUCCCCGGUUUGCACAGGAUACAAACGCCUCAAGAAAUGCAAGAGAACAACGUAUCGCUUCGAUGGCCUCCAAUGUGAAAAGUCGUGAGAGCUAUCCACUUGGCCCUCUCAGCUCGAACUGGAGAGGUCAAAACAUCCCACGUGUCCCUUCGAACUCGGCGGCUCUUAGCAGAAAAAACAAGGGCGUUACAACGUCCGGUGGUAAGCCCUUCCUGAUUAAGUCAAUAGGAAAGGGCUCCCAGGAACCGAGGUACUUGAACGGUAUGCAUUACAACCCCGACUCUUUCCAAUGGGAGGGAAAUGAGACUUCUGUUAUUGAGUUCGAGUCUCUAAGAUCGCCAAAGUCCCCCAAGCCGGCACCUGCGUUAAUCACCAAUGUGAGUGCGAUGCAGAAUGUGCAGGUCGUUGGGGGGAUGAUUUUCGAUCCACGACGCAUGUGCUGGCUGAAGCUGGCACCAUCUCAGCCCGGCGCACAGGGAAUGGUGGCAGUACAAGUUGAAGACGAUGUCUUCGCCGGACUUGAUGACCUCGAGGAAAAAGGUCAAAGAAAACCUCUUGGUGGCCCAGGUUCUGGUAUUUACGAUGUUUUCGACCGUACUGUGAGUGGCGACGAGCGGAGUUGCGGCGACUCAUCGGACGAGUGGCCCAUGACAGAGGAGUUUGAUGUUGGCCCAGAAUUCGUUAAACGCCAGCGUGUCGAGGAAGAGAAGUGGAGGCGCAAAGUCGAAAAAUGGGUCCAAUCUGAACGUAAUAGACAUGGGAACAGUUGGAGGUGGGCUAUCCGAGAUAUAGUGGGUUUGAAUGGCUCUCAUCAAGCUCAAGAAGUCCGCCACAUGUGA